CUGCUCUGACUGGGCUGCUACUGCCUCCUUCCGUCCUACCCUUACUUAGGCUCCACUCGCCAAUCCAGUACACACAGUAUUCCACAGCAACAAUCAGCGCUGGUCUCCUAAGAAGCAUCCCGUAGACCUUGUACGGUGUUUGGAAAUCCCACAUUUGCAGAAUUAUCUGUUCUAUUGUGGAUUGAUUAAUUCCCGUACUUGCUCGGUUCUCCUGCAGCGGCUGGAGGUUAACUGUUUUUUUCAUUUCGUUUUUGAGCUGCUACAGCAGCUAACGAAUACGAAAUGUCGGCGUCUUCGUCCCAGUCCAAUGUUGUAGGGGUUCACUACAAGGUUGGAAAGAAAAUUGGCGAGGGUUCCUUUGGUAUGCUUUUCCAGGGAGUGAAUUUGGUGAACAAUCAACCGAUUGCUCUUAAAUUUGAAUCCAGGAAGAGUGAAGUACCUCAACUCCGUGAUGAAUAUCUUACAUAUAAGCUUUUGAUGGGACUACCCGGUGUCCCCAAUGUGUACUAUUAUGGACAGGAAGGGAUGUACAAUCUACUGGUGAUGGAUCUUCUUGGACCUAGUUUGGAGGAUCUUUUUGAUUACAGUGGUCGUCAUUUCAGCGUUAAGACCGUUGCCAUGAUUGCUAAGCAAAUGAUCACUCGUAUCCAGUCUGUCCAUGAGCGACAUUUUAUUUAUCGUGAUAUUAAACCAGACAAUUUCCUUAUCGGACCACCUGGAAGCAAGACGGAGAAUAUGAUUUAUGCCGUCGAUUUUGGAAUGGCAAAGCAGUAUCGUGAUCCUAAGACUCGAGUUCAUCGUCCUUACAACGAACACAAGAGUCUCUCAGGAACUGCUCGUUAUAUGUCCAUUAACACACAUCUUGGUCGUGAACAGUCUCGGCGUGAUGAUUUGGAGUCCAUGGGACACGUCUUUAUGUACUUCUUACGCGGAAGUCUUCCUUGGCAGGGUUUGAAGGCUGCUACCAACAAGCAAAAGUACGAGAAGAUCGGUGAGAAGAAGCAAUCUACACCGCUCAAGGAACUUUGCAAUGGCUUCCCCAAGGAGUUUUUCCAGUACAUGACUUAUGUGAGAAACUUGGGUUACGAAGAGACGCCCGAUUAUGACUAUUUGCGCUCUUUGUUCGACUCCGUUCUGCGACGUAUCAACGAACAGGAGGAUGGACGUUUUGAUUGGGUUCUCUUGAAUAAUGGUCGCGGUUGGCAAUACAGCGCUUCCAGACAACGAAAUUUACAGCAUCGUCAAAGCCAUGCAACCCGUCAACGUCAAAGCACCCCCCAAUACUCUCGACUUGCCUUACCGUCGCAUCAGAACCAGCAUCAAGAAGACCCAAAGCUUCCUCGCACGAAGGAUGGUCUUCCCUCCCCUGCUCCUCAAGCACAUAGAGACAUAACUGCUCACGCAGCGGACUACAAUUCCCCUCGUCAUGCUGAACAGCAGCAGCAACAACAGCAACAGCAGCAACAACAACGGUACUCCGGCAAGCAACAGGAAGAACCUGCUCCACGGAAGAAAAAGCUUGGUUGGAAAAUACUGUUCUGCUGCAUGGCUGACUAAUCGCAUGCAUCCAGCGUGCAUAUCCAAAUCAUCCGUUCAUUUCUGUUUUUGUAAAAGGAAGAAAGGGAUCGCUUUAAUUUUUAUUAUCUCGCGUGUUGCCAACACACUAUAGCUACAAUCGUUUCUUUUCAGCAACUGUCAUCUUCGUAUCAAACUCUUUUCCCCACUGUUGUCUUUAGCACUAGUCGAAAAACGAAGCACUUGCAUAAGUAAGUUCAUUCUGAGGAUGGAUUUGUUGAGAGAUGGAACACGUGGACUGAUUAAGUUAAUCACGAGUAAGGAGG